AUGUGUUAUGAUUCUACCACCCAGCGUAUUAGGAUUGCGGCCUCUGUUGUUUUCUUUGAACAUUUACCUUACUUUGAGCGUCCGUCGAAGUCCGAGUCUGUUUUUCCCGGUUCUGAUUCUUUGCCCAGUUUCUCUUUUGAUGAGCCGGUCGAUGACCCUCCAUUACUUCCUCCUGAUGAUGUCGAGCCUUCCCCACAGUCGCCUACUAUCACUGCCAGCUCAGGAAACUCACCUGGUUCCACUUCGUCUUCCACUGCUUCAUCCACCCCAGCUUCUACGUCGCCCCAGCCCAUCGAUAAUCACCUCCAGCUCCGCCGUUCUUUGCGCCUCACACAGGGCAUACCACCGCCAAGGUAUAAUGAUUUUGUCACUCACGCUGUUGAUGCUCUUCAUAUUCCAAAUUCCUACAAGCAAGCCCAAGGAAAUCCAGUAUGGGAGGCGGCUAUGGAUUGUGAGACCGAUGCUAUGCACGCCAACAAUACUUGGACUGUCGUUGAUCGUCCUUCUCCUGACACCCCUACUGUUGGCAGCAGAUGGGUCUACACAAUUAAGGUCAAUCCCGAUGGUACGAUCGAGAGACAUCGGGCACGGAUUGUGGCCCUUGGGUACACACAGGAGCAGGGGGUAGACUAUCAUGAGACAUUUGCUCCUGUUGCGAAGAUGUCGACUGUCCGAGCUUUGCUUGCUGUUGCAGCACAGAAGGAUUGGCCACUUCUUCAACUCGAUGUCAAAAAUGCAUUCCUGCAUGGCGAUUUGGAUGAAGUCAUAUAUAUGGAACGUCCGCCUGGGUAUCGUGUUGGAACUCCAGGACAAGUCUGUUUACUGCAUCGCUCGUUAUAUGGUCUCAAACAGGCACCGAGAGCUUGGUUUGAGAAAUUUCAGUCAAAGCUGGUGGAACUGGGUUUUAAUCAGAGUCUGAAUGAUCCGUCUCUCUUCACACAAACUUCUUCUCGAGGUAUUGUUGUUCUUCUACUAUACGUCGAUGACAUGAUUAUUACUGGUUCUGAUUCUGUGGGUAUUCGUCGACUGAAAGAAGGUCUUCAAGCUGCAUUUAGUAUUAAAGAUCUAGGUGAGUUGUCUUAUUUCCUUGGAUUGGAAGUCUCCCGCAGUGCUAAAGGGAUACUUCUAUGUCAAAGGAAGUAUAUUAUUGAUUUGUUACAUGAUCACAACUUUGAGAACUGCAACCCGGUAUCUACUCCUAUGGAACUUAAUCUGAAACUCAGUAGGGAGUCUGGUGAACUGCUUAAGGAUGGUUCGCAGUAUCGCAGCAUAGUGGGCAGUUUAAUCUACUUAGCGGCCACCCGACCUGAUAUUUCUUAUGCAGUACAGUUGGUGAGUCAGUUUAUGUCUAAUCCUUGUGUGGAUCACCUGGCGGCUGUUCAUAGGAUAUUAAGAUAUCUUCAAGGCACUAAAGACGUCGGGAUACUGUUCUCUUCGAGUGGUAUAACUAGACUGCGAGCUUUUUCUGAUUCAGAUUACGCAGGAUGUGUUGAUACACGACGUUCUACUACUGGUUGGUGUGUUCAAUUUGGCGAUUCUUUCGUUUCCUGGCGCUGUAAGAAGCAAGAUAAGGUCUCCAAGUCAUCUACUGAAGCAGAAUACAGAGCUAUGUCUGAUGUCACGUCUGAGUUGGUAUGGAUGCGGCGGUUACUUGCUGAUUUUGGAGUCUCCUGUCCGAUACCCAUGGAACUGAUGGUUGAUAAUACUAGUGCUAUACGCAUUGCAGCGAAUCCAGUGCUUCAUGAUCGAACCAAGCACAUUGAGAUACAUGUGCACUAUGUUCGGGAUAUGGUGCGCGAUGGUACAGUCACACUACAUUACAUACACACAGAGGAUCAAGUUGCCGAUUUAUUCACGAAGUCGUUUUCUUCAAGUCGACAUUGGUUUCUGUCUAGCAAAUUGAUGUUGUUCAGCACGCAUCAAUUUGGGGGAGGCUGUUGA